CGGAACAAGGCCGAGCUAUGAUGCGCACGCCUCGCCCGCCUUAGCCUCGCUCCCCACCACCAUGUCGUCGCAAGCUACGGGUUGCCUACGCUCUCGACUCCCUCCCUCCUUUACCCCCCAUCCUCUCGCUUCUUCAACAGAGCACCACCAUGUCGUCUCCCGAAGUCACCCUCGCUAGCCUCCCCGAGCUGCUCCAGAAUGAUGCUGCCGUCAAGGUGGCCGGCGUCGACGUCGACGGCGUCCUGCGCGGCAAGCUGAUGGCCAAGUCCAAGUUCCUGUCCAUCGCUGAAAAGGGCUUCGGCUUUUGUUCUGUCAUCUUCGGCUGGGACAUGCACGACCAGACGUACUUCAAGGAGCUGGCCAUCAGCAACGCCAAGAAUGGCUACCGCGACGUCAUCGCCGUCCCCGAUUUGACCUCCUUCCGCCGCAUCCCCUGGGAGAACGACGUGCCCUUCUUCCUCGUCAGCUUCCAUGAUCCGGAUACUGGAUCCACCCUCAGCGUGUGCCCGCGCAGCCUCCUGCGUCGCACCGUCGACAAGCUGAAGGAGAAUGGCAUGGGCGCCAUGGCUGGAGCCGAGUACGAGUUCUACCAGUUCAAGGCACCCGAUCAGGAGUCUGGCGGCGCGGAGCGCAACUCGUCUGCGACGGCUGCCUUCCUCAAACAAAACCCCGCCCACCAGCUGCCCGCGCUUACUGAGGGCAUGUUCGGAUACAGCUUGACGCGGCCGAUUCAGAACCAGGAUUACUACUAUGGCGUCUUCGACGCGUGCGCCAAGUUCGGCUGCGGCAUCGAGGGGUGGCACACGGAGAGCGGGCCGGGCGUAUACGAGGCAGCGCUCGAGUUCGGCGAGAUCACCGCCAUGGCCGACAAGGCGGCGCUGUUCAAACUGACUGUCAAGUCCAUCGGCUCCAAACAUGGCAUCACGCCCUGCUUCAUGGCGAAGCCGCGCGCCGGGCUGCCAGGCAACAGCGGCCACAUGCACGUCUCGCUCGUCGACAGCUCAGGAAAGAACCUGCUCGCGCGCGAGACCGAGGACCCCAAUCCGCCAUACCCGGACCUGCGGCACCUGUCGGACCUAGGGCGACACUUCCUAGCCGGGCUGCUCGACGGACUCCCGGACAUCAUGCCCAUCCUCGCCCCCACAAUCAACAGCUACAAGCGGCUCGUCGAGAACUUCUGGGCGCCAGUAACGGUGUCCUGGGGCCUCGAGCACCGGGCAGCGUCAAUCCGACUAAUCGCGCCGCCCACCGCCUCGCCAAAAGCGACGCGCUUCGAAGUGCGCGUCCCCGGCGCCGACACGAACCCGCACUUUGUGCUCGCGGCGAUUCUGGCGCUGGGCUGGCGCGGCGUCGAGAAGAAGCUGGAGAUAGCGGUGCCGCCGCUGGGCAAGGGGCAGGACAUGGGCGGCGAGGGGGACAAGGGCGAGAGGCUGGCCAAGAGCUUGAAGGAGGCGACGGCGCGGAUGGCAAGGCCCGGCAGCGUGGCGAGGGAGGCGUUGGGCGAUCAGUUUGUGGACCAUUUUGCGGGGACGAGGGAGCAUGAGUGUAGGUUGUGGGAGGAGGCGGUCACGGAUUGGGAGUUUAGUCGGUAUAUUGAGACGGUGUAGAGAGAGGAUCUUUUUAGGAGAUGGAUGGGCGUGGGGGAUGAGAGACGGAGGGAGGCACGGUGGGUGUGGGUGAUGGUGAGUGAGCGAGUGAGGCCGCACGCAGUGAUUGAUAUCCCUACCAUAGACGAACUGAAGCAUAUCUACCAAACCAUCACCAUCAAGAUCAAACUCGCCUCACAACCUCUCUCACCACCGCCACGCAGCCACAGGAGAAACAAACCAUCCACC